AUGGAUAUCUAAGCAGAAAUAAUCAAGAUUAAACAAAAAUUUUAAUUCCACUACAUUAAACAGAAUAUUUCAAAGCAAUAUACCCAAAAAUAACUAAAAUCUUUCUUAGAGAAUUAGAUGAUUUAAAAUUCAAAUAUAAAAUCACCUAAAACGAUUAAAUCAAAAGCUUUGAUUGAUUUGAUGUCUUAAAUUCAGAAAAUGAUAGGGAAAGAAUAUUUAGAAAACUUACAAGCAAAAAAUAACAGUUCCCAAUAGUGAGACUAGAACCAUCUUUUUUGUAAUAUUAACCUGUUAAUAAGGGUAAUACUGCAAGAUUAUCCUAUUAAUAACUUAAAGCAUAGAAGAUUAAUUCUUUGCACAAAGUUAAACAUAAGAAUGGUAGUUCAUAUGAAUCCACUCUUUAAGAUGGGAAUAAAUUUUUGAUGCCUCACAAUCCAAAUAACAAUAAUGAAAAGGCAUUUACUAAAAAAAAUAUCUGCUUAAAAAUGGAUAUUCAAAUAAAUGGUAGAAAGUAGGAAAACCAAUAGAAACGAAAUCAAUAAAAGUAUUAGAGGUUUAAUCAAUACAGGGAUAAAGUGAGAAAUUUAACAUAUAAUCUAUUUCAGCACAUGAAAUGAAUUAUCAAUUAUAAUAUACUAAAAUAUUAGAGUAAAUAGGAGGAGUAAUAGCAGGAACACUUGGUAGUUUGACCGCUGACUGUAUAAUCAAUGGAAUCGAUGCAUAACAUUAGGUAAAGGACUAUUAGCUUCUGCUACUAUUUAAGGAGGUUUCUACAUGCUUAAAGUGUACAAUCUUUUGGAAGAGCAGCUCCUUAUGUUGGAAUUGGAUUAACAGCAUUUAUGAUAAGAAUUUGAGUAGGAGGAGUAAUCUUGUCUGAUUCCUUGUCUUAAAGUGAGAAAGUAUAUAAUUCUAUGUUGAUUGCUGUCAAAACUGGAAGUGCUAUAGAAUGAGGUUUUAUAGGAAUUGAAGGUGGAAUGGGAUUAGGUGCCCUAGGUGGUCCAAUUAGAGUUGUGAUAGGUGAAAUCAUUUGAGAUCCUAUUUCAGGGGCAAGUGAUAAUUUAUUAGGGAGAGCAACUGAUCAUUUUACUUAGUUUACAAGUUGAUUUUGAUAAAAAUCAUAAAUCUAAAGUUGAGGAUGGUUACUUAAUUAAUCCAGGAUCACUUCCCAAGAUAAGUUGAAAAUAGUCAAGGAAAAAGUAAAGAUUCUAAUUUUAAUUGCAUAAACUGACACUUUUAUAGCUUGUUUAAUUCCAAGUAUCGAUAGAAAUAAGACAGAAAUUUAAGAGAAUGAAGAAAUUGGGAUUCAAUUUAAUGAAUAUAAAUAUAUAGGUUAUGAUGCUUCUUGUUAAAUUAUUACAUUUAGACUCCUUGCAACAACAGAGGAUGAGAUAUUGUAACAAUUCUAAAAUAAUGAAACAAACAUUAUUGAUAUUGCUUAGAAAAUAUUAAAUAAUUAUGAUUUACAUUCAAAUACGAAUUAUAUCUAUUAUAACUUAUAUUAUAGAUAAUCAAAUCUUUUAUUAAAACAGUGCCUUCAUACAAAUCAUUGA